UAUGCCAGGAGAGAACUCGGAGAAGAUCCUGAUACAAGGGUACAAGUUUUGGCAGAAUUUCGUGACAUGAUUUAUGAAAGGGGAGAAUGUAUGCCACAUAGAACUGACGAUGCCUUCCUUUUAAGAUUUUUGAGGGCAAGAUAUUUCGUUUUAGAAAGAGCCCAUAGAUUGUUUGUAAAUUAUUAUAAUUUUAAAGAAAAUAAUCCUGAAAUAUUCGAAGGCGUCAAUUUAAUGAAACUGCAGGAAUUGGGAACUACAAAUAUUAUAACCGUCCCACCGUACAGGGAACAGACUGGUAGAAGAAUCCUGCUUUACAGAAUGGGUAAGAAAUAAUGUCGUACCAACAGCAAAGGUGAUUGUAAAAUAUAUUUUUCAAAACAAAUGACGCUUUUAAAACCUAUAAACAUAAAAACCUCGCUACUAAUACAUACAAUGGUUUCGAAAUCAACAAACAAAUUAGAAAAAGCCAUUUUGAUAUUUUAAAGACGUAGAAAAUUGCAAAAGAGAAAACACCGUCUAUUACGCGAACCUAGAAGAACUAAGUUACGAAUAAUCCUGUGCUAAAUUUUGUUCUAUAAAAAUGUGAUAAUUAUACAAUGCCUAGUAUGUACAUUUUUGAUAAUAUUUAUAAAACAUUCUUAGUCUUUCACACUUUUUAGGGUUCCGUGCGUUCGAAUGAAAAACGGAACCCUUAUAGGAUCACUUGUGUGUCUGUCUGUCCGUGUGUCACAAUCAAUUUGCUCAGAAUCUACCGGAUCGACUAAGUUGAAAUUUAGUACACAUAUGAACUUCUGUGACCCAAAUACGGACGCAUAACGUAAAUAAAUUAAUUUUUAACAUUGGGGGUCAUUUUUGGGGUUACAAUAGGAAAUUUAAAAAAACAAUUUGCAAACUGCAGCGUGUGACGUAUCAAAUGAAAGAGCUUGUUGUAAGGGUCACAAAUAUAUAUUUUUAUAAUUUUAAAAUA